AUGGCGCCAUCGACCAAGCUCUUCCUCCUGCUCCUCGGCCUGAACCUGAUGGUCGCCGCUGUGCACGGUGGCUGCGGACCCCACUGCCCGACCCCGCCGCCACCGUCGACGACCAACGGCUCGUGUCCGAUCGACACGCUGAAGCUGGGCGUGUGCGCCAAGGUGCUGAACCUGCUAAAGCUUGGGCUCGGUGUGCCGCACAGCGAGACGUGCUGCCCGCUGCUGGCCGGUCUGGCCGACCUGGACGCCACGGUGUGCCUCUGCACCGCCAUCAGGGCCAAGGUCCACGGCGUCAUCAACCUCAACGUCCCCAUCGACCUAGUGCUCCUGCUCAACCAGUGCCACAAGACCUGCCCGCCCGGCUUCACCUGCCCACUCUGA